AUGGCUUCUAAACUCGAAAGGAGGAGAGAAGAGGAAAAGGUGCAUCAAUUUCUAAUGGGCUUGGAUGACAUAAUUUAUGGCACCGUACGAUCUAAUCGCUCGCAGGUGAUCCAUUACCUUCUCUCAACCAAGUAUAUUCAGCCAUGGUGCGGGAAGAACGAGUGCGCGCCAUUACUAGAUCUAAGGAGGAAAGAGGUGAAAUUAUGGGACUUACAAGCACAAGCUAAGAGCGAGAGGAUGUGGGGAGCAAGUAGCAACAACAGCGAGUGGGUAUUGGCGAGAGAUAAAAAGGGUGUUCGAGCCAAUGCAACCAAAACGAGCACUUCGAAGGCGCGUCCUCUUGUGUCACGAAGCGGACAAAAUGGGACUUGUCGGCUUAACGAGUAG